AUGAAGUUUCGUGAUGGUAUGUGGCUGCCCGCCGAGGGCAUACAAGCCGAGUAUGCAGAAGAAGUGUAUGAAAUCACACCGAGAGAGAAUGGGCUGAGCUUGCUUUGUCCAACGAGGAAAAUAUUCUCUCGUGGAGAUACGCUGAAUCGGAGCACCCUAACAGUUGAUAUCGAGGCAGCUUUUGACGGAGUCAUUUCAGUCGAAACAACCCACUGGGACGGCGCCGCGAGACGUGGGCCUGACUUCGACUUAUAUCCUGGCGGCAGGCCCAAAGUUGAAGCGGAUAUCUCGAAGUCUGACAAAGGCACAGUCCUGAACUCCGGAUCGCUGUCUGCUACCAUCAGCGGGGACGAACACACAUUCGACAUCAAGUUCCACAGCAAAGAUGGCUCCAAACAACUCACAUCACUACAGAGCCGGAGUGUGGGGCUGGCGUAUAGCCCAGCGAGCAGCAACCCCUUACAGACGGGCGACAUGCGGGACUUCAAGCACUACAUCUUCACACAGACAUCGCUGGGUGUCGGCGAGUCCGUCCACGGCCUGGGCGAACGUUUCGGGGCAUUCAACAAAGUCGGCCAGACCGUGUCACUCUGGAACGCAGACGGAGGCACAUCCAGCGAUCAAGCCUACAAGAACGUGUCGUUCUGGCUGAGCUCAAAAGGCUACGGAGUCUUCAUCGACAACCCCGGCAAGGUCGAGCUCGAGAUCGGCAGCGAGCGGACCAACCGCGUCCAGACCAGCGUCGAGGGACAGAGAUUGAAGUGGUACAUCAUCUACGGCCCGACGCCCAAGGAGGUCCUGCAGCGCUACUCUAUACUCACCGGCCAGCCUGGGAAGGUGCCCAGCUGGAGCUUCGGCUUAUGGCUCAGCACCAGCUUCACGACGAACUACGACGAGAAGACGGUGACAUCGUUCCUCGAGGGCAUGAAGGAGCGCGAUACACAGGUCGAUGUCUUCCACUACGACUGUUUCUGGAUGAAGGCUUUCAAAUGGACAGAUUUCGUCUUCGACUCUGAGCGAUUCCCUGAUCCCAAGGCUCAGAUCUCUCGUCUGAAGGAAAAUGGUCUGGCAAACAAGGUCUGUGUCUGGAUCAACCCCUAUAUCGCGCAGAACGGGGCGGCUUUCGAGACGGCCGCAAAGAACGGCUAUCUCCUCAAGAGGAAGAAUGGCGAUAUUUGGCAGUGGGACCUCUGGCAAGCUGGCAUGGCCCUCGUCGACUUCACAAACCCCGCCGCGGCAAAGUGGUACGUGGAAUGCCUGAAUAGCCUCUUCGACAAGGGAGUCGAUGCAAUCAAGACGGACUUCGGCGAGCGUGUGCCAACCUUGGACGUGGAGUGGCACGACAAGUCGGUUGACCCCCACAAGAUGCACAACUACUACUCGUUCAUCUACAACAAGGUCGUCUACGAGGCGCUGCAGGCCCGUUACGGCGAGGACCAAGCUGUGCUCUUUGCCCGGUCCGCCUGCGCUGGCACGCAGCGGUUCCCUCUGCAGUGGGGCGGCGACUGCGAGUCCACGCCCGAGGCCAUGGGCGAGUCCGUCCGCGGGGGUCUAUCGCUCGGCCUCUCGGGCUUCGCGUUCUGGUCGGUCGACAUUGGCGGCUUCGAGGGCUACCCGCCACCGUGGAUCUACAAGCGCUGGGUCGCCUUCGGCCUCUUGUGCUCCCACAGUCGUCUGCACGGCAGCAACUCGUACCGCGUGCCGUGGACCAUCGACAACGACGACAAGAGCGAGGAGGGGAGCUCGCGCACGCUGGCGAAGUGGACGGCCUUGAAGACGCGUCUGAUGCCAUACCUCUACGCGCAGGCAGCCAAGGCGAUCGAGCAGGGCAUUCCCCUGUCGCUCCGCGCGAUGUGUCUCGAGUUCCCAGAGGACCCGACUUCGUGGUACCUCGACCGCCAAUUCAUGGUGGGUGACAAUAUCUUGGCGGCGCCCAUCUUUGACGAGUCUGGAGAGGUCGAAUUCUACCUGCCCAAGGGUAAGUGGACAUGCUUCUUCACCAAUAAAACUCGCGAUGGACCGGGCUGGUUCAAGGAGAAGCACGGGUUUGGUAGUCUGCCUCUGUAUGUGAGAGAGAACUCUGUGCUUGUUCUUGGUAAGCCAGGCAUUAGAGGCAUCGUGUAUGAUUAUGCUUCAGACGUUGAAGUCGCGCUGUAUCAUGCCAAAGAGGGUGCUAGCACUGAUCUGAGUGACAAAGAUGGUAAACCACUGGGUAGCCUUACAAUUAAUGCGGAGGGUGAUAUUACGGGAUCAGAGAUACUGAAGGGCAAUUGGAAGACGAGCAAGCAUGGGAGGGAUGUUGAUGAGUCACAUUCGAAGACUAUCCAGUGGUUUUAA